UGAGAAGUGGUUGGGGGAGGUCAGAGAUCUGGAAUUCGCCGCUCGGAAAUACAUUCAUUGACCUAACGUUAUAACGUUGCCAGACAAUUCGCCUCGCAAAUAGAUCUAUGCGGCGUUGACAAAAAUAUAUAUAUAUACUUUCAGAAAAAUAUUUGGUUGCAGUAUUCUGCAAAUGUUUUUCCCGACAGUUGCAAGACAAUACAGAACAUGAUCGGGGUUUCCCCAUGUUUUCUCCAAGAAUAGGAACGUAUUGAGUAAAGUAAAAUGCCUUGAGAUUUGCUGCUGUUAGAGAUAUCUUUACUGAAACCGGUCGAAAACUUUACCAAGUAGGCUACAUUUGUGCUGAACGUGUUUUUAUACCUCUUGUCCCGGAAGAUAGAGAGAGACCGCUCCAUUGCUAGUCCGAAAUCAAUGGCCAUUAACGUUACUCGAAGCUUCACCGCGCCACUGCAUUUGAACUCUGGAAAAACACCGCAUUGUUUACGAGAGUUGUGACUUUAAGGUUGAAAAUAAAUCGAUCGAAUCGGACAUUUAAUCACUUUCUUUUAGACGUCUAACCUACCUUCUCGAGGGGAGCUGCACAAGGAUCAGAAAUUCAGUUCCCCACCUGAAGAGUUGAUGGUUGUAGGCUACAUUUAAGCGCCCUCUACAGCCAGCCCUGUACCAGUAGCCCCUGCCAUUCCAGUACUGUACCAGUUAACCUAUACCAGUGCCAGUAUGUUGUUGUCCCGCUGGUCUCUGCUGCUCCUCUGGUCACUGCUGGUUCUACUGAUUUACUCUCCCCUGACCCAGUCCAGACCAGCUGCUGCCCAUGUCAGCGACACAGCUGACAUGCUGGCAUCUUCUGAGGACGAAGAUGAUGAUGAUGAGUCUUCUUCAGAGGAAAAUAAACUAUCCAACAAUCAGAAGCUCCAAUUGAUGGCUCCUCAGUGGGCGACUCCAGACAAGAUGGAGAAGAGGCUCCAUGCCGUUCCUGCCAGUAAGACUGUUAAAUUUCGUUGCCAGGCGACUGGUAAUCCCACACCAACUUUGCGGUGGUACAGGAAUGGGAAAGAGUUCAGGAAAGACCAGCGCAUUGGAGGCUUCAAGCUCCGGGACCACACGUGGACCAUAAUAAUGGAGUCAGUGGUUCCGUCUGAUAAAGGCAACUACACCUGUCUGGUGGAGAACAAGCACGGCAGCCUCACACACACCUACCAGCUGGACGUAGUGGAACGUUCCCCUCACAGGCCCAUCCUCCAGGCAGGCCUGCCUGCUAAUCGUACGGCCAUGGUUGGUAGCGACGUGGAGUUUGUCUGUCGAGUGUUCAGCGACCCUCAGCCUCACAUCCAGUGGCUCAAACGCAUCACCAUUAAUGGCAGCAGAGUGGGACCAGAUGGACUGCCUUACGUACGCGUACUGAAGACUGCAGGGUUCAACACCACAGACAGGGAGAUGGAGGUGUUUACUCUGAGGAAUGUGUCUGUGGAGGAUGAAGGAGAGUACACCUGUCUGGCAGGAAACUCUAUAGGACUCUCUCACCACUCUGCCUGGCUCAGUGUGAUCAAAGACCUGCCCCCCUCCCCUGUACCAUCUCAGGCCUACCUGGAGAUCUUCAUCUACUGCGUCGGUUUCUUCAUCAUCAUGUUCAUGGUCGCCGUAGCGACCGCCUGCCGACUACGCUGCUCCCCGAAGAAGAGCGACUUCAGCAGCCAGCUGGCCGUUCACAAACUGACCAAGAGCAUUCCCCUACACAGACAGGUGUCAGUAGACUCCUCCUCCUCUCUACAGUCGGGGGUGUGUCUGGUCAGGCCAUACUGCCUUUCCAGUGGAGACACGCCCACCCUGGUCGGCGUGUCAGUGUAUGAGCUGCCCGCAGACCCACUCUGGGAGCUGUCACGAGACAGGCUGUCUCUGGGGAAGCCACUGGGUGAAGGUUGUUUUGGUCAGGUUGUGCUAGCAGAGGCUGCAGGUCUGGACAGAGAAAAACCCUCUCGUCUCACCAAGGUUGCCGUCAAGAUGCUCAAAGCGGACGCCACAGAGAAGGACCUGAGUGAUCUGAUCGCUGAAAUGGAGAUGAUGAAGAUGAUCGGGAAACACAAAAACAUCAUCAACCUGCUGGGAGCCUGCACACAGGAUGGCCCUCUCUAUGUGGUUGUAGAGUAUGCAUCUCAGGGCAACCUGAGGGAGUACCUGCGUUGUCGGAGGCCUGUGGAUCUGGAGUACUGGUCUGGGCCAACCCAGGCCCCCCUGGACAGCGUAGAGGUCAGGGAGCUAGUGUCUGCUGCCUACCAGGUGGCCAGGGGCAUGACAUACCUCGCCUUACAGAAGUGUAUCCACAGAGACCUAGCAGCCAGGAACGUGUUGGUGACAGAGGACAAUGUGAUGAAGAUAGCAGACUUUGGUUUGGCCAGAGACAUCCACCACAUAGACUACUACAAGAAGACCACCAAUGGUCGUCUGCCAGUGAAGUGGAUGGCUCCAGAGGCUCUGUUCGACCGCAUCUACACACACCAGAGUGACGUGUGGUCGUUUGGGGUGUUGCUGUGGGAGAUCUUUACUCUAGGAGGGUCUCCCUACCCAGGGGUCCCUGUAGAGGAGCUGUUCAAACUGCUGAAGGAGGGACAUCGUAUGGACAGGCCAGCCGCCUGCACAGAGGAGCUGUAUAUCAUGAUGAGAGACUGCUGGCACGCUGUUCCAUCUCGCAGACCAACCUUCCAACAGCUGGUAGAGGAUCUGGACCGCACACUCUCACUUAUGACCAACCAGGAGUAUUUGAAUCUGUCCAUCCCUGUGGUCCAGUAUUCUCCAUUGGGUCCAGACACCAGCAGCUCCUCUGACUCUGUCUUCUCCAGGGAGACGACUCACGAAGCAGAGUACUCUCCCCUGAGCCCAUCCUGGACCUCCACCCUGCUCUACACCCAGCACACCCCCUCUAGGACCCCCUCUCGUACCUCCACCCUGGCCUACGCACACCACAAACCUUCCCGAACCCCGUCUUGAACCUCCAUCCUAGCCUACGAUCACCACAGCAUCUACCCUGACGUACACCCGCGGACACAGCCAACGCUGAUCUAAAAACACUGCCCCGCCCGUACACCUUAACCUAUAAACCUCCCUCUUUAUCCACAGAUAAAGACAAUGGAAAAGACAGACACAUGGAGGGUUAUAACAGAGUCAUAAGACAUGAAAUAGAGUUUGCACAAAUAUGGACUCUUCUCUCCUCCUCCCCAGGACUAUACUGAACUAUUAAAGGGAUAGUUCACCCAAAUGACACAUUGGGAAAUG